AUGCGAGAAAGGCAUGCAGAUUAUCUACCUAUCUAUCUAUCUAUCUAUCUAUCUAUCUAUCUAUCUAUAUACAUACAUACAUACAUUCGCGAUAUAUUUCGAUCAAACCUCAUCUAUCUAUCUAUCUAUCUAUCUAUCUAUCUAUCUAUCUAUCAUCGGUGCGUGUAUGUGUACAUGUUUACUAAUAUCUCUCUCUCUCUCUCUCUCUCUCUCUCUCCCUUAAGAGAAUCUAUCUAUCUAUCUAUCUAUCUAUCUAUCUAUCUAUCUAUCUAUCUAUCUAUCUAUCUAUCCACCACUGUAAAAUCCAUUCAAGUGUAUACGGAAAAUUAUUGGUCUCAAACCGUAUUUCCUUCUCUUUCCUUUCCUUCAUUUUUCUCGCUAUUUUUAUCACUUUCCUCUAUUCUGAUUGGACGAUCAUUUUCUACUCCAUACGUGAUAAGUGGGCCAACAUGUCUUCUGUCUUCACUUCCUCUUCGAAAUAUGUUUAAACAGAUAUAUAUUGUUUUUCUUUCCUUCCCGGUUUUGAUUACAUAUAUUUCGUCUUUCCCUCUCUCCAUUGACUUAUUUCUUUCUAAUAGAUAUCUUUUUUUUCUCUCUCCCUUCCGCCAAUUUGAAACCUACUUUAUGCUUAAAUUAUUCUUUUUCUGUCUGGCAAUAAAUUUAUCCAAUUAUUUGUAUCUUAAUGCGCAGUCUGAUGAAUUGGAACCGUGA